AUGGGUGCCGUCAAGGACCACCACAACCACAACUCGAGUCCUCUAUCGAGUCUCGUGCAGAAUUCUCCGAGACGAUCCAACAAGGCGGUGUCCCUGGGUCCUCUCAAUGCGGAUAGAAAGCGAAGAGCGGCAUCCGUGUCCAGUGUGUCGUCUGUCUCGUCCAUUGAAGAACUAAGCGACGAUGCGAACGGGUCCGAGGAAGAUGCGGACGACGAGGACGACCAACCGGCUGUUCGGGCCCCGUCUUAUGGUCGUCGCGACAGGCCCCAUAAGGCGGGGGUCAAGACCACGAAAGGAAACAAGAAGAGGAGGAUGGACGGAUACGACGGACAGAGCGACGAGAACGACUCGUUUGACAGCUCCGACGAUAUCUACGCCGCCGUGGAUUACAUUAGUGACGGCGACGAUGACGAGGACCAGGAUGUGGAGAAGCUAGAAGAACUCCUGAUCGUAGAGUCGGAGGAUGAGCAUGAUCUGGGAGGCAUUCUGUCCACCCCCAAUGCCGUCCCUGCUGGUGCGGGAGGCUCCCACGACUGGUCCGGCCCUAACGUCUUUGACGAUCACAUGUUGCUGGCGGGUGCUUCGUUCUUUGACGACGAACAGCUGUAUGGUGCCAUGCAGACCUUCGGUGAGACCGAUAUGGCCAGCGAAACCGCCGUGGAGACGCCAGUUCCGCGCCGGGUGCAUUUCGAAGAGGAUUCCGACUCUUCCUCCGACAGUGAUUCUCACACGGACGAUGAGAUCCCGGGUGAUUUCCUCCAACAAGACAGCUUGGAUCCUCAGCUGCGUCGUAUGAUUGAGAACGACACCGAGCCCUAUCGGCGCCAUCGCCGGCAGUCGGACGAGAUGUUCGCCGAGUCCGACUACGGUCAUUCGAACAUCUAUCACGUGGAAUCGGAUGCCCGCUCCGAGGCGUCCGAGUCGAGCGGCUACGAGACCGAUGACGGUGAAACCACAGAUGAAGACCUUCCCCCUCCCGCCACGAUCACCCAUCCGCGAUCUAUUCUGCGCCGUGACUCUUCCGCAUCCCUGGCCCCGACCACGGAGGAAAAGAGCGAGUCUACUUCGCGGCGACGAGGUCCCAUUAUGGGAACGUUCGUCGCGGACCCCAACAAGCCCGUGGCUUUGGUGGAUUGCACUGGCAAGCAUCUUGUGAUCAUCCCGGCCUAUGCCUCCUCCCGCCAUGACUGGCUGGAGUCGGCUUCCAACAGCAUCAGUGGCACAGCCAACAACAGCCCGCGGGCUACCACGAUGCACUUGGUCGAUGAAAGCGAUACGGACGCAUUGGCGUCUCCGAAUCGCAACGACCUCAGCCCGAUGUUGGCUUCCAGUGCAAACCUGAUGAUGACCGCGCUGGGCAACGAGAUGGCGCCCGGCGGUCAAGUUAUGGGCCCCCCUGAGGCGUUCUACCCAUCGCGGGACUUUGCUAUUGACAGCUCGUUUGAAGACGACGACGACGACGUAGAUCCCGAGUCUGGCCUGAAUGUGAAUGACUUCAUUGACUUCGGUGACGGGUCGUCGGACGAGGAGAUGGAUAAGGUCUUCGACGAGGAUGCAUUGACCUCGCCCACGACGACGGCUGCUCCAUCGGCCAUGGCCCCCAGUGGACCCCCCACCCCCAACCGCGGUGAAAGCCAACAAGCCAGCAGCGCCGAGCGGUUCUUGAACCAUCUAGACCGCGGGAUCGUCACGGCGUUCCGUCGUAACCACAACCGCUACCAGGCUCUGCUGCGGUUACCGCAACAUCGAGAGUUCAUGCCGGCCAACUCGCCGUCUCGACCUGCCAGCGUGUUCCGGCAUGCAAGACAUGCAGACCAACGCACCCCAACGCGAAAACGCAAGGGCAAUGGCUACACCGGCGGCGAAGCGGUACGACGCAAGUUGAUGGAUGCGCAUCGACGCAGCCAACUUCCAUUUUGA